GAGUCUCCACACCUGAAACGUCUGAGUCCAUGGCCGAGGCCGAAGUCGACGCCAGGGCCACGGCCGACGACGAGGGCCGCGGCGGCAGCAGCAGCAACGUCGCCGAAGACGGGCAGCCGGCUGCGGCGAAGGGGCGCGCGACCAUAUCCGUGACGGUGGUGCUGCUCGCGCUGCUGGUGGCCUCCGUGGCGGCGUUCCUGACGUCGUCGCUGCCGCGCGCCGGCGACGGCGACGGCGAGGGGGUGCAGGGAGCUGCUGGCAGGGCGGGGGAGGUCGGGAAGCGCGCCGAGCCCGUCGAGCACGCCGUCGGCAUCCCGGGGUUCAACAGCCGGCUGGACGCGUUCCGCACCUGGGCGGCGCUGACGUGGAUGAAGCUCCGGCGGCCGCGCUGCUCCGACGAGCCACGGUACGACGACGAUGGUGCCGUCGGCUCUCUGGGGGACGCCGCUAAGAAGAGCUUCGAGAUGGGCAAGGAGACGGUGGAGCAGGCGGCGGCGGCCACGGCGAGGGCCACGCGGGACGCCGCAGAGACGGCCAAGGAGAAGGUGAAGGGAAUAGAUGACGCUGAGCUCUGACUCUUGAGACCAUGCAUGCAUAUAGAGCUGAGCGAGCUCUAUCUGGAUUUCCAGUCCGCUUAGCUUGCUGGUCAAGACGCACAGCAGGUUGUGCUUGUAUAUGUUUGGUCACUUGGUACUAUCUUCACUUCACCUUGAGAUAGAUGUCAAACCUGACGGAGAUGGAUAGAUCAAAGCAAAAGAUGCGAAACAUGGCACAAA